CGCGGCCUAGCUGCAGACCUGGUAGUGGAGUCGGACAGAGCGCUAUACCGAGAUGGACACAAACAUUGUUCAGGAUUUUGAACCAUCACCACCGACAGAAUCUCCAAACAUUGACGCAGAGUCCCUUGAUACUGUAUCCCGCACAGAUGUCCUCGGUUCUAAUCCAGAAGCCUUGCCAAUUGAACCCAUUGUAGAUAACGAGAGACCAACACCUCCAGAUAUCUCCAACACAGUCCAAGAGUCCACAAGUGAUCCAUCUAGCGUAGAAAACCCAAUACCUGCAGUGGCCAUUGUGCCCGGGGCCUCAGAAGUUGUAUUCAAUGUGGAAAAUGAUGGUUCCUUGCCACACAGUGUCCCCAUGGCCAGUCCAGAGGCGAUUGAAUUUAUGUCCAAUAUAAGGUUGGAUGAGCUGUGUCUGUGCUUGUUUAGUGAGUCCUUUAACACCGUUUCGGAGUCUGGAGAUGAGUCAGGUUCUUUCACAGUCAGCGUGCAGCCCACUUACCACCAGCUAGAAGGACUGGAAGAAGAGAAAUGCUUUCUGGUUCAUGCCUCUACCCAAAGCAUCAUUGAUAAUAUUCCAACAGGCAGCUCAAUAGUUGCUUACAUUUCACCAAAGUUAGAAACACUGGAGCAGCAUCAUCACGAGUAUAUAAAGAUGAAAGCCAACUCUGUGGAUAAGAAGACCCAUAUACGGAGACAAGGAGACCAGCUGGUUAUUAACACCAUUAUUACCCAGGGCGAGAAAGUGCGCCAGGAAACGACUUCUCACCCAUUAAACCUGCUGUCAGGGCUGGUUACAGAAGCAUCAAACCUGCUGAUUAUGCGCCUUAUGGCCCGGAGGAAGUUAUCACAAGACAUGGUCUUUCUGUGUUUCGAUGCAGAGACUAACCUGUGUACUUCAAACUACACUGAGCUGGGAUUCCAGAGCCAAGUUAUUGGAAGGGACACUGUGGAGGUUUACGGCAUAGAGCGAAUGAUCCAUUCAGACGAUGUUCCCAUUACGUGGCACUGUUACUUUCUUUCAGAUGGGCACUUGGCUUGCAGAGUCCAGAUUGGAUCACCGGUUAUCAUAAGACUUUCCCGGAUGCCCAUAUUGUCUGAACCAGAUGAACAAGACCCCAAACCUGUGUUUGGAAAAAAAACUUUGAUUUGGCAAGAGGAUGUGCAGUUAUAUUCCAAUUAUCUGGACAGAAAGGCAGAACUUAUCGCAGGCCAUGAAACCUACCUCCGCCGGCAUCCGGAAAUGAAGAUACUCCUGGCAGAUUUCAUGCAGUUUCUACUCCUUAGAAAGCCUGAGGAUGUCAUAACAUUUGCUGCAGAAUUCUUUGGACCAUUUUCAACAGCUCAGAAACGUGGUGACACAUUUAGGUCUUCUACAAUCCCAAACCCUUUCCAGGUCAUUAAAGAUAAUUAAACCCUACUCUGUA